CUUACUCGCAGCCAGAAAGAGACAGAGAGGAAACCUCUCUCACCCUCAGAGCAUCAGCGUUUGAACAGAGCCACUUCUUCAUCGUUACCCUUUCUACACUGCGCUCUCUGUGUUCAGAUAACUGUGUGGAUGGCAGUUAUUCUUCUAAACGUCUGAUUUUCAGGAACAAAUCUUGGCUUCAUCACUGCUCUAUGUCGUUUAGACGGGCAAACGUGACGCAUGGACACUGACAGGGCGAACACAUCUCAUUGAGAAACUUCAUUUUUUUUGCGGCACUUUUUUGGUAUUUCAGUAUUUCUUUUAAGGAUGCUCGUCUUAACUUGGAAUAGAUGCUGUGUUGUGAUGCUUCUCUUCGCUACACUGAAGACGGGGACAUCCCAGGUAUCUGAGGCGCGCCCGAAAGCGAACUUAAUCAAGCCAGCUCUGUUGGAUCAGACACCUACACUCGCUCCAAACCGCUCCGCCGCUGUCCACCUUGGGAUCACCAAGAAAUAUAACGUCCUUGCGCAGCAGGUGUAUCCAUGCAGCAAUGAUAAGGAGUGUAGUGUGGGAAGCUACUGCCACAGCCCUCAACAGGCUCCCUCUCGCUGCCUCACCUGCCGCAGGAAGAAGAAGCGCUGCCAUAGAGAUUCCAUGUGCUGUCCUGGGAACCGCUGCAGUAACUAUGUUUGUGUCCCUGUCUCUGAGAGUCUGAUCUCACCUCACAUCUCAGCUUUAGAUGAGCAUAACAAACUCUCCACCAAAGACCACAGCUGGAGGAAGGGUGGAAAGGCACAUGCUAAGCAUUCUCUUAAAGGGCAUGAGGGCGACUCUUGCCUGCGUUCAUCUGAUUGCUCCGAGGGCUACUGCUGUGCCCGCCAUUUCUGGAGCAAAAUCUGCAAGCCGGUGCUAAGGCAGGGAGAGGUGUGCACCAAGCAGCGAAAGAAAGGCUCUCACGGCUUGGAAAUCUUCCAGCGCUGUGACUGUGCCAAGGGCCUUUCCUGCAAGGUGUGGAAAGAUGCCACCUCCUCGUCCAAGUCCAGACUCCACAUGUGCCAGAAGAUUUGAAAUGGGGGUAGCUGCUGUUGGUCUAGAGGCCUCUGUCUCCAUCUGCCAGGCAGAGAUUUUUAAAGGAAGGAUAGGUUGUAGCUGUAUUGAGAAAGAGUGAAAGAAAGAGACAAAAAAGAGACAGAUCAGACUCUUGUUGGUUCAAGCUCGCUAUUCGGCAAGCAGCGAGUGACUGGGAUCGCUUUAAUGUGCUUGCUGUGAGUGGUUCAUCCCUGCACACACACACACACGCACACGCACACGCACACGCACACGCACACACACACACACACACACACACACACACACACACACAUCCAAUGUUUAAGUUUUAGAUCAAUGAGCUGAUUGUGUGCGUGCUCAUUAACACGACAAACUGUUUACACAUUCUCACGACAUUCAGGGAUUCACAAAGUUAGCCAGUAGAUGCUGUGAUAGUUGUGGACCUUUUCUAGAUGGAAGCAACAGACGUACCAGUCUUUUUUUAUCCAGCUUCAACUUAUAAUGACAGAUAGACUAUUUACAAAAAAGCCAUAUGUUUCCUGCACAGCACGUUCUUUACUAAACUUCAAAGUCAAAGAUCUAAUGUUUGAUAUCUGUGUGUGUCAUUACUGGAUGUGCCAUGAUUUGUUAUCUGUUUUCUCUUCUUACUGUUCUUGUCAUUGUUUAAAGUCUUGAGGAAUUCAGCUAAUGCCAUGCAAGACAUUUGCAACUAGUAACAAUGUCCAGACACAAAAAUACCGGUCAUAUCAUGUGAGGAGCUAAUUGCAUACUUGUUCACUGCAGAGCUUUACUUGUGUAACAGCAUCCUCAGACUUCAAUGCAAAGCAUAAUACUCUUAAACCAAAGAAUGAAAGAAUAUUUCAGAGUGAUGAGUUUCAUCUGGAACAUUAGCUCCUUGCCCAAAAUUUUAGCCAUAAGAGGAGAGAUAAAGUACUGUGUCUGUUGUGGAAACCUCGUUUGAUCUAUCAGAUACAGCUGCAAUCUAUUGUGAUACAACUGUGUGGGUUAAAAACAGUUAGCACUGAGGUAGUGAUCUGCUGCAGAUACCAGACCAGAGAAUGGUUCUGCUUUUCCAAUCACAUGAACACGAUUCAAGGAUACAAUGGCAGUGCAAUUUCUUUCCAUUGGCAAAGCCAGAAGGAAUGGAGAUACGAGAAACUGAUUACAAAAACGUUCCUCUAACCUGAUGUUUUCAAAGAUAAUUACAGUUUGAGUCAACAUCUUGUUGAUAGCACACAGCCUUGUUUAUUUUUCUGUUUUUUUCACAAAUUUGACUGCAUAUUUGGUUGUAUUGGAGAUGGGAGGUGAAAAAUCCCCCCCCCCCCCAGUACAACUUUUAUAAACAACCAUUUGUAGUCAAUAUAAAAUCACAUUUGCCUCGUUUUGCUUUAAUAUUUUAGAGCAUCAACACAUAUUUUGUACCCAUUUAAAAUAUUAAUAAGCUCUUAUAUUGUAAAUAGAUUGGAGACAAUGGAAAUGUAUUUAAGAAUCAAUGUAUAUCAUGUACAUAUAAUAAAAUAUGAAUCUUAAAGGCUACAGCAAAAUGAUUUAGGUGAGAAGAGUAAUGAGGGAUGAAAUAGGAUGAGCACAGUUGGAUAGAUAGUUGAAAUGAUAAAAGCUGUGUGUGCAUAGGCAGAGGGGUAAAUCUCAUAUUACAGGCUGGAGGCAUCAAAAGAAUAUUUCCAAAUAGAGAGACAAGCACAUUAAUUUACAAAAUAGUUUGUGUAAAUGAUGUCAAGAUUUAUAUCCCACUAAUUAUUGUCUGUGUUAAUAUUUUACAUUGAUUUGUUGUGUAUUUACAAUGAUGAAUGAA